GAUUGGCUACGGCUUUCAGUCUCGGCUAUUUUCAAUCUUACCUUCGAAGUUGACUCGUUGAUCCCUCAUCUCAGGUUGUCGCUACGAAACAACCGCCAAAGAGCACAGAGAAUAGGAGCGCUUACUAUCGCGUAACGUCAAACCGCCGUACGACUGGCAUAGUUUUGAACAUGACCACGCCGUCUUCAACGUUUCAGCGAGGGUAGAAUCAGUUUUAACAAGGGUAGAAUCAAUCCGUCUCUCUUCCGUGAUAGGGACGUCGUCGCCGCGCCUGUUCUCCGCCUCCUUUCCGUGUCUUUUCUCCUAAAGCCUCUAACUCGACGCCUCCUAGCGCAACGCCUCCCCUUUAUAGUCAUAUGGCUGGCGCAUAAGACAGGCAGCGGUUAACCUAGAUUGAGCUUAACAUAAAUGGCGCUUCAUGGAAGUAGCGAUUAGAAUAGCCCUGGGGAGCUGGGAACGGUGUUAGAUCUGCAAGACCUCGCUGUUUCCGGGCUGAGCGCGUCACUCGCGCCACUCUCGCCACUCGCGCCACUCUCGCCACUCGCGCCACUUUCGCCACUCGCGCCACUCUCGUCACUCGCGCCACUCUCGUCACUCGCGCCACUCUCGUCACUCGUGCCACUCUCGUCACUCUCGACUACUAAGGACGGAACCCCUCCUCGUGGUUUUCGCGAUGGGACCAUCGUCGUCGUCGCCUCUGCUUCGCGUGCCACAGCUUGUGUCCGCCACAUCCACCGCCUCCUCACACGGUCAGCAGCAUCCGACGCGCAGCGUCCGAACAUAUUUCCACACGAGUAGCCUCCGAUCGUUUACUAGCACCCGCCAGUCGCUUCUCCCCCAACGGUCCUCUUCCCUCCAUCCUUCUUAUCCAGCUCUCGUUCUUCUCUUCGCUAUUCUCCUUUUUCGUUUUAGCGUCGUAGCGGCGAUUUCCGACGAGUUUCCGCCGCCGCAUCCCGACGACGUCGCGGCGCUGAUCGCGCUCAAGGCGACCUGGGGCGACUUCCAGGGCUCCGACACGUGGCGCGUAACCCGCUCUUGCCGCGAGUGGAAAGGCGUCACGUGUGAUCCCGGCACUGGUCGAGUCAGGAGGAUCGAUUUAUCCGGGUGUCAGAUCCAGGGUAGUUUGCACAGGGAUAUCGGCAAUCUUCCCGCGUUAGAGUCACUUAUUCUGAGCAAUAAUGAGAUUUACGGUUCAUUGCCGUCUAGUUUAUCGCGUUUAUCCAAGCUCCAGUCGCUUUUUCUAGAUAGGAACGAAUUCAAUGGGCGAAUUCCGGUAGGAAUGGGGUCGUUACUGUAUCUUCGCAUGCUCGACCUUGGUUACAACAACUUGACCGGCGCGAUUCCAGACGACAUAGGUAACAGUCGCUCGAUUUCGUCUCUCAUUCUUCAGCACAACCAGCUUAGCGGGAAGAUUCCAUCCUCGUUAGGAGCAUCUCCGUCUUUGUCCGUACUCAUCCUCAGUUUCAACCGUCUAGACGGGCAGAUUCCGUACGCGAUUGGAACAGCUCCGAAUCUGUAUUCGCUGGAUUUGAGUCACAACCGGUUGUACGGGCGAAUUCCCGAAGUGUUUUCGCGUUCGCCCAGCCUUUACAUGCUUAACGUGGCAAACAAUUUUCUCACCGGUCAGCUGCCCGAUCUUCCUGCGAAAGAUGGCGAGAUCAACGGCGAAUCCGAGUUUUUCGUUGACGUUUCGAACAACUACCUCUACGGCCCGCUGAAAAUGGUGAUGGGAAACGCUUCGAUUUGCCCGACAAGUGACCGUGUGCCUGGCCUGCGGAUUUCAGUGGGGGGAAACUGUAUGUCCGGUUCUUUCAGCUGCCCGCUACACUUUCUCCAGCGGCAACGGAAACCCGCCAAUUGCAACGCUUUCUGCAAAACAUUUUCGUUCGCCGGGCAGUGCGGUGGGCAGGGAACGUGCAUUCCAAAAAGCUCGCUGUUUCAAGGCCUGAUGAGGAACGUUACAUGUGCUUGUAACGAGGGGUACCUGCCUGAUCCCAAAGACUCGUUCGUGUGCCGCGGGGAGGGGGAGCUUGCGGGGGAGAAGGCGGAUGGGGGAAAUGGCGGGGAGGGGGAGGAUGUGGAGGCGGAGAUACUCUAAUGCGAGGUAUGAUGAUGCCUUUCCGUAAGACAGUGCUGUACAUGACAGGUGCUUAGUAGAAGGAGGUUUACACGUGUGGAGUCUUGUUUAAGGGAAAGGGUGGCGGGGAGUGGGCGGGUGAUGGUCUAUGAAGGGGAGGAGUCUAGGAGAUGGACAAGCUAUGAUGCAUUUGCUUAGGAAUGGAUGCUACAGGAGAGAGUUAGAAUAUAAGAACAGAAGUUGCAGAAGAGGGCCAUAGGAACAGAAUUUGCAGGUGAGGGCCACGUGUUUGCAGCUAUUGACAGCAGGGCUUUCCAGCCAGACGUGGUACCAGCAGCUAUUACUAUUUAAGGUACCGGUAGUUAAUUAACUCAUUGCAGUGCCUGCUACUAGGUAUUAUUCUGUACUCUUGUCAAGGUGCUAGACCAGAGCAC